AUGAAAAAGAUUGUUCGUGAUUGGACGCGUGCAGCUGCUAGCGGUGGUGGUAGCGGUCGUCAGAAUCGUGGGAGGAGCUCCUCACAUAAAGACCACCCUGGUGAGGCCUCAUCUGAGGUCGCUGAGCUACGGAACCGGGUCGCUCAAAUGGAGGACGAGCUUGUUACGGCGAAGGAUGCUGCUAGACUGCAGAAGGAACAGCUGGAUAAGAGCUUGUUGGAAUAUACAGCAGCGCUGCAGCGCAUAGUGUCACUAGAGAAAAUGAUUGCGUCCAAAGCCGACGUUGAAGAACAGAACGAGCAGCUCCAGGAGAAGGUCAUCGAAUUGAUUGGAGAAUGUCAAAGUCUGAGGACUCCCGUCGUGGAGACUCAGACUCUUGGACGGCUCUCGGUGGAGGAAGCCGCGAUGAUAAUUGAUGGCAAACAGGAAGCACUCAAUUUGGGUUCACCACCGUCCGUUGUGGAGCUGAUGGAUGGCUCAGAACAGGAGGCUACAACGACUAGAAUUCACGACUUAGAGAGCCGGCUGUCUAAGUUUGUUGUGUUUGAGGACCCAUUGAAGCCUGGCCGCCAGUGGUGUGGCGAGCGACGGCUACGUGAGUACCUCAUCGCCGUUUGUGCAGAGAACACACGCUUGAAGGCCCUCCGCUCCUCGCCUGCAGAGUCGGCCGCUGGUACUGGUAUUGAUGGAGAUCUCCGCGGUAAUGGUGCGUUUCACCCUCGUUGCCGAACCGUUGAUCCUGACGGUGAUUCAAGUGGAGGGGAGAUUGUCCCCAGGCAGACAGAGAAGGGGGACGGCGUUCAUGGGCUGGAAGAUGCAGCUGUGGGCAACACUACAAUGGAGCGUCGUCCGACAGAAUCGGCAAAGAGUAUUCGGGGACUAGAACGUCAUCUUAUCAGAGUCCUCGAGGACUACUUGAUGCAGAGAGAAGCUCAAUUAGACCGAGCAUUAGGGCUCAGUCUCGCUAGCAAGAUGAUUGGCUCGGCGGUGUACUCGAGCGAUGAUGGUGGGCCGGCUGAUGAGAGUGCCGCCAUGGAAGAGUUAGUGACUGAGUUGAGACAGGAAAUCACAGUCAAGAACAACUUGUGCGAUCAACUUGCAUUACGCCUUGCUGAUUACCAGUCAGCGGAUGCUCGCCAAGGUUGGUCACAAAAGACGGAGAAUGCCAUAUUAGCUCUAUAA